GGGAUUCCCAUAGCGUGUUUCGCAAUGUUCAGAUUUCUCUUUCGAAAGGAAACGGACCCACGACUCUUGCCGUUUAAAGAACUUUUUUUCAUAUAAUUGGAGCAAUUAUAUAUCACAGAAGAAGAUGACAUCUUCGGAAAUCUUGAACUACAUGUUGCCUUCCAUCUCAGUUGUCCAUACAGUACAUCAAUGAUGAUUGUGUUAAAGCCAUCAUGUGAUCACAUAAAUUGACUACUCUACAUUUUUUAUACCAUGUACACUUUAAGGAUUAUCAUCAUCAUUACUUCUUUUAUUGUCCCUCUAAAUUAUGAAUUUUGUUUUUGUGGAUGUUCCCGAGCGGAAUAUGAGAUAUUCAAUCAGUGCUGCCCCAUGUGUGCUGCAGGGAAUCAUGUUCUUUGGCACUGCGCAGAUGAUUCCAGUACAACAUGUGUUCCCUGCCCUGAAUUCACCUUCAUCGAUGCAUCUAACGGUUUUACCAACUGCUUCCCUUGUGCUGUGUGUGAUAUAGGUGUAAAAGUGAAUAAAGUCUGCACCAGAUCUUCAAACACUCUUUGUGGACCACUAGAAGGAUUUUACUGCAUUGACACAAAUAAGGGCAGCUGUACUUUAGCUGUGAAACACUCUACAUGUAGCCCUGGGAAAUACAUCAAACAAGCAGGUACUGCCUCCACAGAUACUGUGUGUGGUGACUGUAUAGGUGAAACAUAUUCAAACGGAUCUUUCUCAUCCUGUUUGGCACACACAAAAUGUGAGGCCCUGGGGCUCAUUGAAACACAUCAAGGAACACAUUCAUCUGAUGCUGAAUGUGGAAACUCAUCUGCUGUGACAGCAAUCAUCACUAGUAGCAUUAUAGGAACUCUAAUAUUAUUUUUAUCACUAAUUGUUUUUGCUCGUUUUUGUAAGAAGAACAAGUCUAGUUCAGGAAGUGGGAACCAGUUUAACAGAUAAAGGGGAAGGAGAAAAUGAUGAACACAACAGCUUGAAGCUGGAAGAAAUUGAAAUGGUUGUAGAUCUGAAUCCACUCACAGACAUUCUGUGAAGCCAGAAGGACAGUGGAUAAAUGAGCAAACAGUAAUUCACUCUAAACAAAACUAAACUUAUGAAUGUAAUGGUGUUAUUGCACACACAUGUUUGUGUGUAUUAUAUUUAAUUAUAUGAAACAUCAUGUUCAACCAAGUGCAAAGAUUAGGGAACAUGAAGACAAAUCAUGGUCUCAAUCAUACAACUGACACUAAUGGUACAACUGACACUAAUUCUGUAUAUCUCUGGCUGAAUACGAAAUCACAUACUGAACGAGUAGGUACUUCAUUUCAGUAGGUACGUACUCAACAGGGCUAAAUGGGUACGUCCUUUUUUUACCUGAAUGGGUAUAGUAAGGCUGAGUCCAAUUUUCGCACUGGACCACUUGACUACUUUCAUGACGUAUUUCCUGUUUUUUGCCUAGUGGGUGCGAAGAUCCCAAAUGAGCAUGUAGUGUUUCUAACCCGAUGGGACACACUUAUGAAGUAAAAACAUGGAACGUUAAUUAAUGUGGUUUUCCUAAGUAUGUGAUAAAAAGCAGUUCCCCUUCAGUCGGUCUCUCGACGUUGUGUUGAGAGACGACUGGGGUUUGAUCUUGAGAACCUAUCAUCUCCGAGAGGAAUUUCUAAACGGCAAUAGGAUUGGCGAAUGGCCUGCCCACGCAAGUCUCCGCCCCGUACAUACGGGUAUAAAAGGAAGAUGGCGGCGGUCAUUCAUUCACCCUUUUUGUUCUUCGGAACUGUUUGCACUAUAUGUGUCAAAUUUAUUUUUUCUUCGAGAGAGUCUUUCUUCUCCUGCCGGCGCGACGUGGAAGCAGCGGAUCCCCUGGUGUGAUGACGGUCUUCCCUUCGACUUCCCGGCAAAUUCCCACAGAGCCUUAUUCUAAAAGAGCAAAUUUCCCAGCUGCUGAGCAUGUCUCGCAGCUGUGUCCUUGGGUGCGGCAGACUCAUUCCCGAGUCAGACGGCCAUGAAACCUGCGUCACAUGUUUGGGCGUCAAGCAUGCUGAAGCAGGUUUCAGUGAUACGACAUGUCCUAUCUGCGAGGACAUGUCUAUCAAGGUGUUGCGGUCACGGCUGGCGACGUUCUUCGGAACUGUUGCCGCCAACCCGCUCGCUUCUCAGGCGAGUUCGGCUGCCGCUUCGGCGAAGUCGACCGCCUCGACGAGCAGCGGGGGUGAUAUGGGAACUGCUAUGGAUGUCGCUUCGCCAGCUCCGGCUCGGCGAACCGCCCAUACCCCAGUUCGCUCACCUGGUGCGUCCCCGAUGGACGGCGGUAGACCGUUCCAUAGCGGGCAGACUCGCAAGAGGGAUGAUGACGAAAUCUCUGUCGAGGCAUCGGACAGCUGCCUACUGGCAUCAGACGGGGACGAUCUCUCCGAGCUCCUGUCCACGGGCGGUAGAGCUCGUGAUGGGACCGACCCGGAGAUGUCGGCCAUGCUUGCCCGGGCAGCCGUGAGCAUCGGGUUGCAGCGCGCUAACCCGCCCUCCCCGAAACGCUCGCGGCUUGAUGAAUGGUACCUGGGUACGGGUCGCGGCCAAAAACCGCGAACCACCCCGGUGCCGUUCUUCCCGGAAGUGCAUGAGGAGCUCACGAGGUCUUGGAAUGCACCUUUCUCGGCGCGUUCUACACUCGUGGGCUCGGCGGCUGUGACUUCCCUGGAUGGCGGGGCGGCCCGAGGCUACGUCGACAUCCCCCAGGUGGAGCGUGCUGUAGCGGUGCACCUCUGCCCGCAGACGGCUGCCACCUGGAGGGGUCGACCUAGACUCCCGUCUAGGGCGUGUAAGCUCUCUUCGACCCUGGUGUCGAAAGCUUACAACGCCGCUGGACAGGCCGCCUCCGCCCUCCACGCCAUGGCGAUUCUCCAGGUCUUUCAGGCUAAAGUCCUGAAGGAUUUGGAUGAAGGGAAGCCCGACCCCACUCGCAUGAGUGAGUUGCGUACUGCCACGACCUCGCGCUGCGAGCGACGAAGGCCACGGCAGGCGCAUUAGGUCGGUCGAUGUCCUCUAUGGUGGCCCAAGAGAGGCAUCUGUGGUUGAACCUUGCGCAGAUGGGUGAGGCACAGAAGGCCCGCUUUCUGGAUGCCCCCAUCUCGCAACCAGGGCUGUUCGGUGACACCAUGGAGAACGUGGCACAGCAGUUCUCCGCGGUACAGAAGCAGACGGAGGCGAUUCAACAGAUUUUGCCCCGCCGCGGCAUGACCACCCAUCGGUCGUCACGUCCCCGAGCGCAGCCUGCUUCCCAACAGCCCCGCCCCUCUGCUGUGGCCCCUCCGGUUCCGGAUCCUGAACAGGUACCUGCACAAGCUACCGUUCCGGAUGCUGACUCAGAAGCGCAUCUUGGAGUCAGUUCGACACCAAGAUUGGUUCGUGGCAAUCGACCUGAAGGACGCGUACUUUCACGUCUCCAUUCUUCCUCGACACCGACCGUUUCUACGGUUCGCGUUCGAGGGGAAGGCGUAUCAGUACAGGGUCCUGCCCUUCGGUCUGGCCCUGUCUCCGCGGGUUUUUUCGAAACUCGCCCAGGCCGCCCUAGCUCCCCUCAGGGAACAGGGCGUGCGUAUACUCAACUAUCUCGACGACUGGCUUAUUUUGGCACACUCGCGAGAUGUGUUGAGUACGCAAAGGGAUCUUGUGCUCGGGCACCUAGACCGUUUGGGCCUCCAGGUCAACCGAGAGAAGAGCAAGCUCUCCCCAGCGCAGAGCAUCUCGUAUCUCGGGAUGGAACUAGACUCUGUCCACAUGUCGGCGCAGCUCACUACCGAGCGUGCACAGUCGGUGCUACGCUGCCUGACACAGGUCAGGCAGGCCACAGCGGUCCCACUGAAACUAUUUCAGAGGCUCCUGGGGCACAUGGCAUCCUCAGCCGGGGUAAUCCCGCUUGGGUUGAUGCA